UCCAAGUCGAUACUAUCUGCCGUCUCAUGUCCAUCCUAUAGCCUAUAUAAGCGGCUGCGCUGGGGCUGGCGGCGAUGGAGUAGUUCGUGGAUACGGCGGGAGCGCAGGGACGGGAGGGGGGCGGGCGGGCCAGCCGCGGAACACUCGACUCCCUGCGGUUCGCGGGCUGCCGCCGUCCGGGGAGCGGCUCCCGGGGUGAAGACACCUCGGCUUCUGGGACGGAGACACAGUGAAACAGUAGAUCUCACAUAGCAGCGGAUCCUUCCUCUUCAUCCCCUCCUGCGCUCCUCAGGUCGGACUGCAAUGAGUGGACUGAGGUCUUCUGGGCUGCUGGGGCUGGUACUCUUAAUGCUCUCAGCAGGAUACUGCAAAGAAAAAACGGACUCCACAGAUUUGAAGGACAAGCAAAGUCUCUUAAAUCUCAUCAUGGAGAUCAUUCAGGAACUGAAAAGGUACCACCUGGAGAAGGACAGUGGGAUGCAGUACUUCUCCAAGCAUGACUAUAACUUGGAUCGAAGGGAAGUGGCUGACUACGGAGGAUACCAGGACGAGCAGAGAGUUGAAAUAGUUCCCAGAGAUCUGAGGAUGAAAGACAAGUUCUUGAAGCAUUUAACAGGUCCACUCUACUUCAGCCCAAAAUGUAGCAAACACUUUCAUCGGCUUUAUCACAAUACAAGGGACUGCACCAUCCCAGCAUACUAUAAAAGAUGUGCCAGGCUUCUUACUCGAUUGGCAGUAAGCCCUAUGUGCAUGGAAGGAUAAAGGAAUUCAAGUGAAAAUAGAAGGAAGCCCUGUCACAUCAUUGCCUGACACACUGCAAUCAAGCCAAGUGUUAUGUACCCUUCAUUCACGAAGACUGUGGAAGAAAGAGCUUAUUCAAGACAUUCUAGAAAAUUCAACAAAAUCAUACUUAUUUCAGUUAAGUAGUGCUGCUUCUAGAAGAUUUUAUGUGCUACUAAUAGGGACUUACUUAGGUUUUGUUGUUGGUUUGGGCCUUUUUGAACUUGACAAUAGCGCUUACAAGCACUUUGACACUUGUAGAUUAUUAAAUUCAGCUCUUUAAUCCUCAAUAUGUAUGUAAUUGAGUAGAAAUUUUGCUAGUGAUAUCCAGAUUUUUACACUAGGCAGCUAUUUUAGCCAGAUCUUUCUAAAGAACGCUUAACUCGAGCGGAGCUAACAAUAAAGCAAAACUGCCACAAGCUAACAACCUUGCUUAUUUCAGAAUUCCCUCUCUUUCUAUUAAAAAAAAGUAAAAAAACCUGCACCAUAUUUAAUCCCUUCCAAGUUGCCAGUUUGUCUUUUAACUGCCAUGCAAUUAGAAAAACUGAUCACUUCAAUCAAGACAGUAAGUACAUCCUCAUUCUUAAUUAUACAGGCAUCAGCUGUAUAUAGCACAAAGUAACUAAACUUCCAUGUCCUUAAUCCUUGAGUGGCAUGUAUCACACAAAUAAACCAUUGAGUUCUGGCUCAUUAAACUUUUUAGAAGUGAAGAAUCCAUCCAUUAGCACAUCAUUGACAUACAUGUAAAAAAAAAAAAAAAAAAAAACCAAAAAAAAACAUACAAAGAAACCCCAACACAAGCUAAGCAGUAAAAUGUGACAUCUGUCUUCAAAGUGACUUAUGAGACAUCACUACAAGUAAUCCACAUAAAUUUGUUCCAUUUCUUCAU